CACAAACUAGCGGACUUGAUGUCAGCCACACUGUCACCAUCCUCAGGAAGUAACUUACUUGACACUCGCUGUCAGUGACAAAAAGAGUUGUGGAAACAUUGUGUCUUUCGUGACGGCCCUCGUGUAGCGACCUGACAGCGUGUGUUGGGGAGAUGAAGGUGUGCGGCCUGUCAUGGCGGCGGCUGGUCCAGUGCCUGCUGACCGGCCUGCUGACGGCUGGCGUCCUGUACUGCUUCCUCUACUUCCAUUUUUCACGCCAUCCGCACUCGUAUCCGACCUCGCAUCUGGACUUGCAAGCCUCCACCUCCCUGCCCAUCAGCCCUCACGCCGUCACGUGGUCUGGCGCCGGCCAUGACGUGACGGAACGUGCGACGAGCGAAGGGAUGCAGCACCUGCGGGAGUUCCAGAGCGCCGCACACCAUUACUGGCGGAAGCUGCAGGACUUGCUGGUGGCGCGGAACCGGGCCAAGUUUCCAAGCGUGUCGUACUGGAACUGCUCGUGUCUGUGGGAGAGCGACGCAGACAACCACACCGGAAACGCCACGCUGUUGACGACGAACGUGACGAGGCUGAAGACGCCGCAAGACUACCUGGCGGAGACGCAGAACUGCACGCGCUUUGUGCUGCACGGCGGCUUCAAGAUGGCGGCGGUCAGCGAGGAGGAGUUGGCCUUCCCUCUGGCCUUCAGUCUCUUGGUGUACAAGGAUCUUGACCAGGUGGUUCGUCUGCUGCGAGCCGUGUACCGCCCCCACAACGUCUACUGUGUGCACGCGGACCGGAAGUCACCUGACACCUUCCACUCCAGCCUGCGCCACGUCAUUUCCUGUCUGCCCAACGUCAUGCUGCUGGACACCGCUGUCGACGUCCAGUGGGGCCGAUACUCUGUGCUCAAGCCGGAGAUCCUAUGCUUGCGGAUGUUGUGGCAACAUGCGACCAAGUGGCGCUACUUUAUUAACCUGACUGGUCAGGAGUUUCCCCUCAAGACCAACAAGGAGCUGGUUCAAAUCCUGACGGCCUUUCGCGGCGCCAACGACAUUCGCGGAACUCAGCAUCCGAGGUUUUCCGGUCGUUGGAAGAAAAAUUUGCCAGCGCCCUAUAACCUGACCGUCAGUAAAGGCGCUGUGCACAUCGUGGCGUCACGCGCUUUUGCGGACUACGUUCUCCACAGCCGCGUGGCACGUGACUUGCUGACGUGGGCCACCCAAGUACGCUUUCCAGAAGAGAUUUUCUUCAGCACCUUGAACCACAACCCACACCUGGGCGUACCUGGCUCCUACACAGGUGACAUCGCCGAUCCCUUCAAGGAGACCUUUCACCGUUUCAAGCUGUGGAACACAACGGGUUUUCCGCACGUGCAGCCGUGCGCGGGCCGCUGGGUGCGCGGCAUUUGUCACUUCGGGGUGCACGACGUGACCCGGAUGACCCGCUCGCCGCGCCUUUUUGCCAACAAGUUUUCCUACGACCUUCAGCCUCUGGCCUACGACUGCCUGGAGGAAUGGUACUGGCACAAAGUGCAGCUGGAGGACAGCGGGCGGCCCCCGCCACUCAACGUCUCCCUGUAUGAAGAGUCCAACAUCGUGAAGUUCCGCUACCAAGGGCCCGUUCUCAUCUGGCAAUAAACUGAUCGUCAACCACACCUGG